AAAGAGUUUGGUAUGCGGGCUCUGGCUCACUGUUGGUCAGCCAGUGUGUGUGUGCACAACUUAGAAGGGCUGAGGGUACUGUGUUUGGUUUAAGUUGACUCCACAACACACACUGUAAUCAUGGCUGGUGUCCAUCGUUUGGUUAUUGUCCGCCACGGUGAGAGCUCCUGGAACCAGGAGAACCGUUUCUGCGGCUGGUUCGAUGCUGACCUCAGUGAGAAGGGUUUGGAGGAAGCUAAACGGGGCGCCCUGGCGAUCAAGGAAGCAGGCUACAAAUUUGAUGUGUGCUACACUUCCGUGCUGAAACGGGCUGUCAAGACCCUGUGGACCAUCAUGGAAGGCACAGACCAGAUGUGGCUGCCUGUGAUUCGUACCUGGCGCCUGAAUGAGCGUCACUACGGAGGCCUCACCGGUCUCAACAAGGCUGAGACUGCUGAAAAGCACGGUGAGGAGCAGGUGAAGAUCUGGCGCCGCUCCUUUGAUAUCCCACCUCCACCCAUGGACAAAGACCACCCAUACAACAAAAUCAUCAGUGAGGUGAGACGAUGCAAACCUGAAACAACGACUCUCACUUAGUAAUGAUGAUGCAAUACCUAGCAUUCAUUCAUUUUAAAGUACCCCAGUGUUUGCUCAACUGUUCUGGUUAUGUAACAACCAUAAAAUGACUUUAUUACUGUUGUUACUUCCUACAGUCCAGGCGCUACAAGAAUCUGAAACCUGGUGAGCUCCCCACCUGUGAAUCCCUUAAGGACACCAUCGCCCGCGCCCUGCCUUUCUGGAAUGAUGUCAUCGCCCCUGAAAUCAAGGCGGGAAAGAAUGUCAUCAUCGCUGCCCACGGCAACAGCCUCCGUGGCGUUGUCAAGCACUUAGAAGGUGAGCACUGCGGCCUGUGAUAAGUAAAGAAGUUGAGAAAAGAUUUAAGCAGAGUUUAGCGCCGCAAUUUUCAAAAUCUAUCAUCGCAAAAUAGCAACAGAGGAGGCGAAAAUAGCUUCCUCUGCAUUUGCAUACAAGGCCAGGACUCAGAUAAUCAGAGACGCUCCUCGCACACAGACACAGUGGUGGGUUACAGUGCAUAAAAAUAGCAUGCUGGGACUGUAGAGCUCAGGGACGAGAAGAGGGUCAGGAGUCUGGCUCCCGUUACAGUCACGACCUUUAUGUAGAAAGGUUGAACUUUUUCAAGGAGGGGCCAGACAUGGAAAAGUUUCACAGAGCGUCAAGGGCAAAGCUAAAUGUCAGAUAAGAGAAGCAGAUGUCCUACAGAUGACGGGAAAAUAAUUUUCAAUAUCAACAGUUAAAAGAAAAUCUGCCAUGUGGAUCUCUGCCAAGACUGUUACUGUAUCAGUCACACUCCCUCUGUUCUGUUUGUUCAUCUGCAUGUCUACCUCUCCAGGUAUGUCUGAUGCAGCCAUCAUGGAGCUGAAUCUGCCAACAGGAAUCCCCAUCGUCUAUGAGCUGGAUGCAAACCUGAAACCUGUUAAGCCCAUGUCCUUCCUCGGUGAUGAGGAAACAGUAAAGAAGGCCAUGGAGGCUGUGGCUGCCCAGGGAAAAGCCAAGAAGUAAGCCUGCUCCGGAGACUGAAAAAGAGACUGUUCCUGCCCUCAUCCUUCAAGAUUUCCCGCCAUCCAUUUGUUCACCUUUGUAGUCCAUUCCAACAGGGUAAAUGUAUAAUGGCUCUCUCGGAGGCAGCCAUUUUUAGAACAUUAGCCCAGAUCGUUGAAAUUGCAGAGGGAUGACCUGUCCAUCAAAGCAGACUGCAGGGCGCCACGUUCGAUUCAGCUGCACAACGCUCAGCCCUUUUAAAUUGUGAUCAAGCCCCGAUGUUGAGGGCCUCACCACCCUGGCACAACCAAUAAAGAGAUCCUGUUUUUAUGUA